AUGUUGGAGACGGUGGGCCAUUCGCUUUACUGCCAUAUUGUGACGCAGCGUUUCCUGCUUUACCAACUGUUGCAAUCGUUGGACCAAACUGUUUGCCCGCUCGUACCGGAAGAAGAAAACUACGACUAUGAUCUGGUGGUAAUUGGUGGCGGUUCCGGUGGUUUGGCCUGUGCCAAGCAGGCAGUGCAGCUGGGCGCCAAGGUAGCCGUGCUGGAUUUCGUAAAACCGUCACCGCGCGGUACGAAGUGGGGCCUGGGCGGUACCUGCGUCAAUGUAGGCUGCAUUCCGAAGAAGUUGAUGCACCAGGCGUCACUGCUUGGCGAAGCCAUACACGACUCGCAACCGUACGGCUGGAAGCUGCCGGAACCGGAAUCGAUCCGGCACGAUUGGGCCACGCUGACCGAGUCGGUGCAGAACCACAUAAAGUCAGUAAACUGGGUGACGCGGGUAGAUUUGCGCGAUCAGAAGGUGGAGUACGUGAACGGGCUCGGUUACUUCAAGGACGAUCACACGGUGGUGGCGGUGAUGAAGAACCAAACCGAGCGGGAACUGCGUGCGAAGCACGUAGUGAUUGCGGUUGGUGGACGGCCGCGCUAUCCGGACAUUCCCGGUGCGGCCGAGUACUGCAUCACGAGCGAUGACAUCUUCAGCUUGCCGAAAGCACCCGGACGAACGCUGUUGGUCGGUGCCGGCUAUAUCGGGCUCGAGUGUGCCGGUUUCCUGAAGGGACUCGGUUACGACGUGACCGUAAUGGUACGUUCGAUACUGUUGCGCGGGUUCGACCAGCAGAUGGCCACCCUGGUCGGUGACUCGAUGGUGGAGAAGGGCAUCCAGUUCCAUCACCGCACCCGUCCGCUGUCAGUGGAGAAGCAGGCCGAUGGGCGGCUGCUGGUGCGGUACGAAACGGAGGGUGACGCUGGUGUCAGCACGGCGGAAGACGUGUACGAUACGGUGCUGUUUGCGAUCGGGCGUCAGGCCGAAACCGGCACACUGAAGCUGUCGAAUGCCGGUGUCAUCACGGCAGAGGCAGGCAAAUCGGACAAGCUCGACGUGAACGAGAUCGACCAGACGAAUGUGCCGCACAUUUACGCGGUCGGUGACGUGCUGUAUCGCAAGCCUGAACUCACACCGGUUGCGAUCCAUGCCGGGCGCAUCAUUGCCCGCCGGCUGUUCGGUGGAUCGGAGGAGCGAAUGGACUAUGCGGAUGUUGCCACGACCGUGUUCACGCCACUCGAGUACGGUUGCGUGGGGUUGAGCGAGGAGGCCGCUGAGGCCGCCCACGGCAAGGACGGGAUUGAGGUGUACCAUGCGUACUACAAGCCGACCGAGUUCUUCGUUCCGCAGCGCUCGGUACGCUACUGCUACCUGAAGGCGGUCGCACUGCGCGAAGGCAACCAGCGCGUGCUCGGGCUACAUUUCCUUGGACCAGCCGCUGGUGAGGUAAUUCAAGGAUUUGCCGCUGCCCUCAAGUGUGGCCUGACGAUGCAGAUACUGCGCAACACGGUCGGCAUCCAUCCGACCGUCGCAGAGGAGUUUACCCGCCUGGCCAUCACGAAGAGCUCCGGGCUGGAUCCGACACCGGCCACCUGCUGCAGCUAA